CAUAACAUCUUGCUCCUGCAUUUUUAUAUAAUUUAAAAUAUAAAGAGUACAUAUAUUUACUUCAACUCCAUUUUAAAAUCAAGCCUGAAGCACUAUAAGACCACCGCAGUGUUUGUAACUACAUAUAUGAGGUAAUUCUCUUUAUUUUAAGCACCUACUGCCGGCUACAACACUUUGUACUUCCCAACUUCGCUCGCCACUUCAAUAUGACCUCAAUUGCCACUGUACACGAGCUACAAAAGUCUAUUGAGUCCAACUUAUUGAACAGAAUGGCUGAUUUUGAGAAGCAACUCCAUGCAGCAUCAAGGGAGCCAAUGACUGUUGCUCGGCUCGCUGAGGACUUUAAGUCUUUCAAAACACAUGUCUCAGGCAUCUUGCAAUUGCUUCAUGAACAGAUGAACGAGCUCACUAAGUCCUUUGAUGAAGUUGAAAUGCGGCACCGUCGGAAAUAUCUUUUGUUUGGCGGCAUUCCAGAGUCCGAUAAUAAUGGCAAGGAUGAUGUGGUGGCCUCUGUUUCUUCUAUUAUUUCCAAUAAUCUGGGGAUUGACGGAAUCACCCCAUCUUCAUUUAAAGCAUGCCACAGGAUGGGCCAGAGAAGGGAUGGCCGGCCUCGACCAAUCUUGGUACGGUUUGCAGAAUAUUCCCUUAAGACAUCGAUUUGGCGUAAGAAGACUGCACUCAAAGGAACAUCUUUUGUGAUUUCGGAAUUUCUUACACGCAGACGGCAGGCACUCUUCAUGGAAGCACGCAAAAGAUUCGGGAUCACCAAAUGUUGGUGUCAAGAAGGCAAUAUAUUUGUUAAACCUCCAAAUGGUAGACCUCGAUUAAUAAGCACUGCUAAUGAUAUUGAGCUGGCUGGUGAAGCAUUCAAGAUCCCAAAUGUCCAAAAAUCGCCACUACCUAUGGAGCGUGCUGAUAAUAGGACUGACAAGGCGGGCACUUCGAACAAUGAUAAGCAGCGGCCUAAAAGGGCGGUGAAAGUAAAAUAGCGUGCUACAUAGCUACCCCCUGAUAGUUGCAGAAGUUCUGUUUUAUAGUUUUAUUUUAAGUACCUUCCUACCGUACCGACCUGAGAUAGGUACCGACCACUCAGUAAGUGACAGAACAACUGCCAACUAAUUUGUGGCAUU